AUGUUUGUUAUCUUCUUCGUGAGCUUUGCUAAAUCGAAAGAGUAUAAUGGAAUAAUAGAAAACAAAAUUAAUGAAGCAUGUAAUGGGAAUUAUAUCUUCUAUGAAUGCAUAUUUAGAAAUCUUGGUACUUAUGAUUCAAGCUCGGCACUUUAUCUACAUGAUGGUCAAAACAGUCAAAGUGUUACUCUCUACCGUACUACAUUUGAUAGCUGUAAAGCUAAUCAAGGAGGUGCGUUUAGCUUUACAGGUAAUUAUAAUCUUCAAGUGAUGUUUGUAUGUAUUUACAAAACAAGCACGAAUGACAAAGCAGGUUUAUGGUAUGUUGAAAUGAAUACUCAACCACAAUUUGAAUAUGUAUCGUGCUUUGACUCAACAACUCUAUGUCAAACAAGUUUAUUUGGCUCAAAAAGUCCAUCAAUUAAAAAUAUGAAUGUUUCUAAAUGUAGCGCAACAUUCUCCAAGACAAUUUUUUACUGGAGUUACGGUGUCAUGUAUACAAAUUGCAAUUCCCCAAUAAAUAUGAGCUUUACAAACUUCGAAGGAUGCUACAGUCCUGAUGGAAUGAUAUAUAACUAUAAAUCAAGUGGAGAAUAUUCGAUACAGUACUGCACUUUUAGAAAUAACAAAGUAACUGAUUACUCGUUUAUCUAUUGUGAAGAUUGCCGUGGUAAUAUGGAGAUUUCGGAUUCAUAUUUCUUUGGAAAUGAUUUGAAUUCAAAAGGUUAUUUUACAGGUCAAAAGUCAAUAAUUAAUUUAGUUACAAAUGUUUUUGUAGAUUCAAAAACGCACAAAUGGUCGGUAACAACGAAGGGAAUGAUCUAUACCAAAUCAUUUGAAAUGCCCAAUUAUCAAUUUUUCCAGAGUGACAAUUGUUAUGCCCAGAAUUUCUUCCCUUUGAAUCCAACUCCUUUUGAGACCGCAUUUGAAACACCAUUUAUUACUCUUGCUCUAACACCAUUGAUCACUCCAAAUGUUACUCCUCUAUCAACUCCUUUUGGAACACCAUUUAUUACGUUAAAUAAAACUCCUUUAAAUACCCCAUUCAAUACGGCAGAGAAUACUGCAGCAAGCACCCAUGAAAUGACUCCUUAUGAUACAAUUUCAUCAACUGCAAAUGUUACACCAUUUAUUUCCCCUUAUGUUACUCCUCUACAAACAAUUGAAGAAACAGCUAUUCAAACAGCUAUGAAUACACCUUAUGAUACUGCAUUCCAGACUCCAUUCAAUACCGAAAUAGAGACUAAUAGUUUUACUCCUUUUGAAACAGUUAUUACCACACCUGAAGAAACUAUUAAAGAUACACCAAUUGAAUCUCCUAAAUUAACAGUUUUUGAAACUCCAUUCGAAACCGUUAUUUACACACCAGAUGAGACAAAUAAAUUUACACCAUUUGUCUCACCUGAUCUAACAGCAUUUGAAACUCCAUUUGAAACUGCUGUGAAAACACAGAUUGAAACUCCAUUUGUUUCAUCCAACAUAACUCCAUUUGAUACGCCAUUUUUAUCACCACAAAUAACUGUAUUUGAAACUCCUUUUGAUACAGUUGAAUAUUCACAAAAUGAAACACCAUUUUUGUCACCAGAAAAAACUGCCUUUGAAACUCCAUGUGGAUCAAAUGUAAUAACUCCAUAUGAAACUCCAUUCACUUCUCCAGUAACUACAAUAUUUUAA